AUUUUCCGGCGAGCCGACAAGAACGAUGAUGGGAAGCUGUCAUUUGAGGAGUUCAAGAACUAUUUCUCCGAUGGCAUCCUGAGCUCGGAGGAGCUGUGGGAGUUGUUCAGUGGCAUUGACAGGCGUCACUCAGACAACGUGGACACGGAGAAAGGUACGAGACAGCCUCCAAGAUGGAGCAGUUCCUGACGCGGUUCCUGCUGCGGGAAACCAUGCACCAGCUGCAGUCCCUGCAGGCGUCCCUCGAGUGCGCCGUGGACACCGUGGAGGAGCAGGCGGGGCGGGAGAGAAAGGAGAUCAAGAACUCGCAGACUUCGGUUGCCCUGAGGUCAGGGAGGCGCUGUGGGCGCAGGGGACAGAAGAACGUCUGUCUGUCCCCAACAGACCCCUACUCUGGGAUGCUGACAACAGGUGUUUGUGUCGAGGACAACAGCCAGUGGAUGGCUCAGAUCAACAGGCUCCAGCAGCUCAUCGAGAAGCUGGAGUGCAAGCAGAUCUCGGUGGCCACGGGCAGCAUCGAGCAGUUCCGGAGGGCGGUGCGCUCCUACACCGAGGGCACGGCCGGCCACAGCAGCUGCCUGCAUGUCUCUGCCUGCAAGCUGACUGACGAGCCCUGCUUCAUCCUGUACGAGUUCUGGCAGGACGUGACCUCGUGGAGAAGCCAUUUGCAGUCCAGCUGCAGCAAGACCUUCCAGCAGUCCAUCCUCAGCCUGCUGGAGUCCCCAGAGCUGCUGACCACCAUGCUGUUCCCAGCCUCCUGGUGGAUCAUGAACAACAACUGACCCGGGCCAGCGUCUCCAGGACCCCAUCAGCAUGCGGGAGGACGUGGGCACAGCCUCUGUCACCUCUGUCACCUCCCUGUCCCUCCAUUCCCUCCUGUGGCCAGCGGGGGCUGCCUGCCCUCGGCCCUGCCGGUGUUUUGCUCCUUUGCUCUUUUCAUGUUAAUUUAUUUAUUUCUCCUGCUCCCAAGCCAGUGUCUGAGCUGCCUGGGGGGCUCUGGGUGGGGUGGCAGCCCAGGAGCAUCCCAGGAGCCUUCAGUCGUUGUUGGACUUAGCUCCUCUUCCUCCUGGCUCUGAGCUGCCCAGGGGGACACAGCACUGGCCAGCUGUGACACCCAGCCCAGGGAGCCAGGUGGCCUGAUACGGAUUGUCAAGAGUGUUUUAUAGGGGAAAAAAUAUUUCCUGCAGUGCUUCUGGCAGGGUGUACCUGCUGAUGGCCUGCCACGCUGGCAGCACGUGGCUCUGAGGCUGGCACUGUGCCCCAGCAGCUGUGCCCAUGGCUGGGCCUGUCCCCAGCACUGCCAGGGAGGGACAGAGGGGCUCCAGUCCCUGCUCAGCUCCCAAAACCCAGCCCUGGCACUGGGCAGGGGUGCCAGGAGUGGAGCUGAGGCAGUGGGAAGGGUCUGGGGUGGGGGGAAAGCUGGGGCAGAUCCCACCUGCCCCAGGGUGGCACUGGGGCUUUCCUUGCAGCAGCAGAGCCUCUGCUGAGCUGGGGGAAAAUGCAUUGUGACAGCCAGUGUGGAGGGAGUGGGAUGGCACAGGGGGCAGGAGGGACACCAGCUGUGGGAAUCCAUAAAAUCAGAGGGUUUGGGGAAAGCUGCAAAAGGCACAGCAGAACUGUGAUUGGACCUAAGCAGCAGCCAUGAGAUUGGUCAGAUUCCCACAGCCAGCCACCCAUGCUGGCCUGGAGAACAUCAUCCUUGUGCAUCCAGCGUGGCACCAGGGGUCACCCCCAAUUCUCACUCACCCAGGACCUGCUACCACCCCAAAGCUCUUCUCCACUCCUGUGGGUGCUGCUCCAGCAGAACCAUCAGUGUGAAUGUUUCUGCCCCAGUCCCUGGCUGCAGGCAGGAGAAGCUGAGCCUGAAGGGGCAGAGGGUGCAGCUCCUCCUGGGGACCCCAAUCACACUGUGCUGGGUGGGUGUGACCCAGGGGGGACAGCACAGCAGGGCUCACUGGGUUGUAGGGUGUUUGUUUUGCUCCAGCAGGAGCUGCCUGGGUUGGGGUGCAGGGGCUGGCCUGGCUGGUGGCAGCAGGAACCUGCAGGGCUCAGGGAAGCUCCUGCUUGGAGGGACAGCCCAGCCCAGGGCAGGCUCAGCCCCCAAACACAAAUCCCCUCCCAGGGAUGGGGGGCAGAGCCUGGCCCUGUCCCCAAGCACCCCAGUGUUUGUUGAUUAUCAAUCCCUGCUGCUUCGCCUGGCCAAAGCCAGGAUUUGCUGGGACCAUGGGGCAGCAGAAGUGGCUCAGCCCUGGGCAGGGGCAGCUGCAGGGCCACGCUCCUGCCCCUGGGAGUGACAAACAAAAGGAUGCAGGGGUGUGCUGGGGCCACAGCAGCACCGCCAGGAAGGGACAGGCUGUGCCAGGGCACUGCCAGGGGGGUCAGAGAGGGGCAGCCACAGGGGCAGCCCUGCAGCAGGCACUGAUUUGGGUUCCUGAGCUGCCUCCCCAGCCCCAUGUGGGGUUCACCCCUCAGUUCUGGGUUUUUAUCACCACUGGAUUAAUGUUUGCAGCAGCCUGGAGAUGAAAAGCCUCUGUUUAAGCCAAGGUGUGGGCAUGGGCAUCGCUGAGGGGCACAGCUGGCAGUGGCAGCUGGGACAGCACCCUGCAGGCUGCUCUGUGCUCACUCAAAAAAAUAACAUUUAAAAAAAGCUCAGAAAACAACACACUGAGCUGUAAACUCAAAGGAAUCACUGGGGACAGGGCUGAACUCAGCUGUGCCUGCACUUGCUCCCAGGCUUUGCCCACAGCAUCACCACCACAGGGGAAGCAAUUCUGUCCCUAAAAAUCCAAGGUGUGGCAGCAUCCCCCAAAAACCCCAAGAGCUGCUUGAGCACUGCUGAAAACCUAUGCCCUUCCCAGAGAGAAGGGGAGCUGGAGGAUGAAUAUAGUCUUUUUAUUGACUAAUUUUGAGUAGAACAAACUAAAUACAUCUGUAACAGUUUGGGUUCCUUUAUACAGGACAUUAAAUAAGUUAUGCACAGGAAUGAAGUAACAAAUUUCUAUUACAGAAUUAAAUGUCAAAAAAAAAAAAAUAGAAACCUUAACCCAAUGUCUUCCCACACCCCAAGUUCACAUUUAUCAUUCCAUCUUAAAAAAAAAAAAAAA